GCCAAUCAGUGAAGGCACAGGUACUACCGCUUCCUGUCUGUACAUCAGUCCUGCGCUUGUUCAGUAGUGAACCACCUCCCUCCUUGUUCAAAGGGAAUGGAGAGUCCCAGGGCUUGGUCUUCGCCCGCCGUUCCCCCCGGAUCUUCAUGAGUAUUCAUUCAGUGGUUCCAACAGCGUCCAUUGCUGUCGGCGGCCACCGGAGCACCCACUGCCUGGAGCGGCCCGGAUUGGCUUGGCAAAGGGCAGGUAUCGGGGCGCAUGUGUGCACGUCAAGUGGGCCCCAGUGGUGACGUCACCGCCCAUACCUGCGAUUGGCUCCGAAAAGCUGCCGCAUCCAAUGACCGCUUUGCUUGGCGGGGUCCUUUAAAUGUGUUCUGCCCCGCCGCCAGUCUGUUCCGGAGCCGCGCACUACUACGCGUUUGCCAUUUCCGAGUCGAAUGAAGUGGCGUUGCAUUUGGAACCGUGCGACUGUCUAUUUCAGCGUGAGCUCCCUGGGGCCCAUAGUCACCUCAUUAAGCCAAAGGAAACGCGCAACAAAGACUUCUUGAAAGAAUAAAAGACCGAGUAAGGUCCAGUGGAAAUUGUCCAAAUGCUUCUGAAAUCCGUGGGACGCUGGAUUUGAGCCAAAAGUAGAAGAAGCGGUCAGCUGCAGACAGUUCAACAGUCACAAAUCUGAUAAUGCUGCUGCAACCCCUUGGAAGGCCAGAUUCGCCAGCGUUCCUGAGGUGUCCAGUUUGCAAGAAUCUCCUUGGGUUGCAGCCUUAAUCUCACAUCCCUUAGUCCAUACCCCAGCUAAGUGUGUGUGUCCUCCACCCCCACCCCCACCCCCGGCUCAACCUGAACAUGGCCGAGAAACGGCAUGGAGCCUGGUUCGGCUUUGGUUUCUGUGGCUUUGGGCAAGCGCUGGGCUCUGGGACCGACCAUCAUUCAGUGCACAGUCCUGAACCACUGCAUGCCAGUGAUGAUAUUUGCCAAGUGAGCGCAGGCUGGAGCUACACCGCCCUGGUGACCCGUGGAGGCCGGGUGGAACUGUCGGGUUCUGUGAGCGGUGCAGCAGACGGCUGCAAGGACGCGUGGGCUUCAGAGGGACUCCUGGUGGUGCUGCGCCACAAGGGCGGGUCUGGCACGGAACUGCAGGCCUGGGUACCAGGUUCUGCGCUACAGGGGGAGCCCCUCUGGGUCCAGAACUUGGUUUCUGGGGCAGAAGCCCAAGAGAAAGAUGAACCCAGCAGUGAGUCUAGGAUAGGGACCCUGCCAUUGCUGCCCUGCGCCCGUGCCUAUGUGACCCCACAGCCACCCUUCUGCCAGCCUUUGGCCCCAGAGCUGCGGGUACGCCAGCUGGAGCUGGGUGCUGAGCAUGUGCUGUUGCUGUGCGAAGCUGGCCAGGUGUUCUCCUGGGGUGGGGGCAGGCAUGGACAGCUGGGCCACGGGACGCUGGAGGCAGAACUGGAGCCACGGCUGUUGGAGGCGCUGCAAGGCCUGCGGAUGGCUGAGGUGGCCGCGGGUGGCUGGCACUCUGUGUGUGUGAGUGAAACUGGGGAUAUUUAUAUCUGGGGCUGGAAUGAGUCAGGACAGCUGGCCCUUCCCACAAGGAGCAGGACAGAGAAGAAAACAGUGAGAGAGGAAGAAUUGAAAGAAGAUGGUCUCAAAGAAGAGGAGGCAGCUACGGCUGAUGCCGGAGCUCCUGCCGACUUCAUAGCCAUCCAGCCCUUCCCAGCUCUACUGGAUCUUCCCCUGGGCUCAGAUGCAGUCAAGGCCAGCUGCGGAUCCCGACACACGGCUGUCGUGACGAGAACAGGAGAACUCUAUACCUGGGGCUGGGGUAAAUAUGGCCAGCUUGGCCACAAGGACAGCACCAGCUCGGAUCGACCCUGCCGUGUGGAAUACUUUGCAGAAAGACAACUUGAAGUAAGGGCUGUCACGUGUGGACCCUGGAAUACCUAUGUCUAUGCAAUGGAAAGAGAGAAAAGCUGAAAAGCUCAGGUGGAUCCCUAGGCGAGAAUGAACUCUUACUUCAACAUGCUGUCCUAGGUGCAUGGAAACAUAAGGUUUUGAAACAAGGUCACAAUGAUCUACCCUGCCUCCUAAGUGCUGGGAUUAAAGGUGCAUGACUUAAUAAGGCAAAUCUUACAAAGCAUGUAUGAAAGAGUUGAAUAUGUAUAUUUCUGGAGUAGUGCCAGGGAUCAAAACACCCAAGGCCUUCCAUGUGCACCAACAGCUUACCUGUACCUAGCCCAGAACCUUUAAUAGCUGCAAAAUGAGAAUACUCCCAAAUGAAAAUAAGGAGUAAAUUCAAACUAUUCUGAGAAUAGAUUCUUUUAAUGAGUUUAAUCUAUAGAUCGAAGCAACCAUUGAUUUGGAGAGAAAUAAAUGUAUUUAAAAGGUAACUAUAUACAUUUUUAUUUUAAUAUAUUUAAAAACAUACAUAUAUAUAUGAGUAAACAGCAUACUGAUACAGA